AUGGCUUCCAGCUCCGCCGACCAACCUGGUCGUCGGGGUCUGGCGCCGCGGGCGCGGGCGCGGGCGGGUUCCUCGACGCUAUCGUCCCAACAGAAGCAGCAGACGUCGUAUUCGUCCGCCUCGUCCUCCAAUGCCGUCGCCUCCGAGUCCCCUUCGCACUACUCGUCCUUCUCCAGCUCCGACAGCGACGACCCGCUCCCGCCCGCGACCGAGCUGGCGGACGAGGACGACGCCAGCGAUGUCGUCGGCGUGAGCAUUGGCCGCGAACAGAGCCGCAUGAAGGCUCGCGCGACCCCGGCCGAAGAGAAAAACCGAGUCCUCGAGAGCAAUGGCAGCUAUUUUACCGCUGUGCCGGAUGUCGUCGACGAAGAUGGCUUGUUUUUGUCCCACAUCACCGCCGAGCCCGAGUCAGUGGAGAAGGAAUCCGAGAAAAAGCCUGGGGAUGAGGAGGGCCAGCUGCCGGGCGCAACGGCGCGGAAGGCGUCUACCACCUACCCGCCUGUGCGCCCGGAACGCCGUACCUCAUCCGUCGAGAAGCGCCCGAGCACGCCGCCCGACAUCAAAGAUGCCGUUUCGGUCAGCCAGCGAUCGAGCUUCACACGGUCUCUCCUCAAGAACUCUCUGCCACGCCGGCCGCGCGCUUGGUCGGGCGAACUGAAGAAAUUCCUCCCCGACCUGGGAUCGCUGACGAAACGGCCGUCGCUGUCGUUCCGAUCCGGGAAUGCGCAGAACCGGGCCCGCAGUCAGACGGUGGCUAACCUCGGAAAGCAGAACCCAGGUCUUCAGGCAAGGACCUCAUCGUUAGAUCGGCAACAGUCAACGCGAGCUCCCAAGGAGAUAAGCCACGAUGAUGAAGAAGGGGACGAUGCUCACCCUAUUUCCGAACUGCGGUCCGUAGAUAGGACCUCCGCUGCCAAACAUUCUUAUGCACGACGACCAAGCGCUGUAAUGCCAGGUCGACCCCCGUCUCUGCGCAGGUCGUCAUCGGAUCAAUCGCUUUAUCUGCGUGCCUCGUCCACGGCAUCGUCCCUAGAGCAGCGCCCGUUGUAUGAGAAUGUACACUCGCAGGUCAACAGCCGGUUCAAGGCGAUCAAGGAUAGUCUACAAGAUUCAAGUAGCCGGCUACUCAGCAUGCCUUCACUACAUCUACAGGACAUUCGCACCGAUUGGCCCUCCCUCCCAUUCUUGCAGGAGCAUGGAAGCACUACAUCAGCUGCUACUACUACUACUAAUGUCAACGGUCCAUCGUCUCAUCGGGCGGCAACGCUGCCUCUGCCGCCGCGAAACAAUCCGAACUCAACGCAUCCGAUUCUGGAAGAAGCCAUGUCGGACUUGACAGGCGAUGUUGUGGUUCUGGGGGGUUAUCGCGGCUCUAUAUUGCGGUCUGCAAAGCCACCGCAGCGCCAGCUGUGGGUACCCAUGAAGGUUGGACUGAAUCUUCGGAAGGUGGAUUUGGAGGUUGGAUUGACGCCCGAGGAUGAGGAACGCAUGGAGGAGAGCAUCAUCCCGUCGGGCGUGCUCUCCCAUGUCGGCCCCGUGGAUGUGUGUCGGCGACUGAUGAAGCGGCUCCGCAAGUGCGACAAUGCUGUGCGCGGAGACCUGCGUGUUUGGGAUUACGGGUAUGACUGGCGGCUGAGCCCGGAGCUGCUGUCUCGCAAGCUCAUUGCCUUCCUCGAGGGCUUGCCAUGUAACCAGAUACCAGCCGACGGCGCUCUGGCACAUCGGCGCGGUGCCACUGUCAUUGCCCAUAGCCUAGGCGGUCUCAUCACCCGGCAUGCGGUAAAUCAGCGGCCAGAUCUUUUUGCUGGUGUCGUGUAUGCGGGCGUACCCCAACACUGCGUCAACAUCCUCGGCCCACUGCGCAACGGAGAUGAAGUCCUGCUUAGUUCGCGCGUGCUGACGGCGCAAGUGAACUUCAGCUUCCGCACCAGCUUUGCCCUCCUCCCCGAGGAUGGCCACUGUUUCAUCGACAAGCAGUCUAAAGAGGAGUAUCGCGUUGACUUCUUCGAUGGACGUACCUGGGACGAGUACCGCCUCUCCCCUUGCAUCGCCCCAGCCCUACCACCCGCCACGAUGGGAAAAGGCCUCAAGGACAUCCCAUUGAUCGGAAAGCGGCUCUCACUACCACCCCAGGCAGACGACCUGAGCUUCCAAGACCUGCACCAGACCUCCGACACCGGGCUCGCCACAACAGAUGACGAAGAGCUCUGCGCCCGUAACCCGCCACACCACAACACUAUCAGCGCCAUCAGCUCCGAAAAGGUCGGGCCCGGCCUCGUGCCACCGGUCGACGGGCUGGUCGGCCCAACCGCGAACCCGCGGGGUGGCCUCGCCGCAACCAACAAGAUUUCCACGACGACAACGAUCCCGCGACCCGCCGCCAUCGAGUAUCUGCAGCGCACCCUCACAGAAACCAAGCGCUUCAAGUCCAACCUGGCGUUCCGCCCGUCCCACCAAGCCGAAGACCGCUACCCACCCGCCGCCGUGCUGUACGGUAAAACCGUGCCCACCGUCUACGGCGCCCGCGUCGCCUCGCGCGAGGCCAUCAAGCAACAGGAUGCCUAUGACGACCUGGCCUUUGCGGCGGGCGAUGGCGUGUGUCUGGCCUCGGCUGCGAUGCUCCCGCCGGGGUAUCGGAUUAUCAAGGACGGGCUGGUCAAGAGUGACCGCGGCCAUGUGGGCUUGCUGGGUGAUCUCGAGGGUGUUGGCCAGUGUCUGAGGGCGGUGGUCCGUGGCCGCAAAGAGGGUGUGGGAUUGGGGAGUCAGGUUCAGUUGUGA